AUGCCGCUGCCUAAUGACGUCAAGCAGCUGCGUUCUUUGCUGGGUGGGCUUUCGUAUUACCGCAAAUUCAUCAAGGAUUUGGCCGUGCGCGUGAAACCACUCACCGACCUCUUGCGUAUGGACGCGAAGGUUUGUGAUACGCCGGCUAUGGCGGAUACUGUUAAGGAACUCUUGGCGAAACUGUCCGAACCUCCGGUUUUGGCUUUCCCGUAUGGGGACGCUGUCGCGGAUGGCAGCCGCCCCCUCCGGCUUUGCUGUGUGGAUGGUUUUGGUGCGGCACUUGAACAAGAACAGGUCGAUGGUUCCGUUCGCCCCAUUCUGUUCGUUAGCCGCGCUACGCUCGAAUCCGAGCGCAAUUGGAUCGUGCUCGAUUUGGAGGCUGGAGGAAUCGUGUGGGCGAUCAAACACCUGCGCGGCUGUUUUUGGUCUACGCACUUUCUGAUUUAUUUGGACCACAAGGCUUUGGACAGCAUCGUCAAGGUGGGUGAACACAACGCCCGCCUUCAACGUUGGCUCGAUUUCCUUCCCUCGUUCAAUUACACCCUUGCCUACCGCAAAGGCGCUGCCAACGCCAAUGCGGAUUUCUUUCCCGGUUGCCCUUGCCGGCAACCGAAGCGGAUAGACACGGUGAUACCAGUAUCGCAGUCGAUGACGUCGCGGGCGUUUAUCUCAUUCGUGCGUGCGGACGGAGUUAUCACUCUAGUUCGACACCGAACAUCGGCUUGGGUGGGCUUGACGUUGACGAUCCACGAGAGGCGUUGGCACACGCGCCUUUGA